AUGACCGCCGUCGACAGCUACCGCCAGCACGGUGGUCGUAGAACACCCGACAGCGGUCAUCGCCUCAAACCCACGGCCUCUGGCUCGAGUGCUGGUGGGCCCCCGCCGCAAUGGGAUAGCGACCAUUCCCGUAAGAGCAGUGAACGCAACCGAUCACGACAACGCAGCGGCAAAAGGAAUGCGAGCGGCCAGCAGAGAGUCUGUAAGAGGUGUGGUGAGGUGCUGACCGGACAGUUCGUCCGAGCUCUAGAUGGCACGUUUCACUUGGACUGCUUCAAGUGUCGGGACUGUGGCGAUAUCGUAGCAUCCAAGUUCUUCCCCGUCGACGACGAGAACGGUGGUGGCCAGUAUCCCUUGUGCGAGACAGACUACUUUCGACGACUCGACCUCUUGUGCUAUCAGUGUGGGGGUGCCCUACGAGGCUCAUACAUCACAGCGCUGGACCGGAAAUACCAUGUCGACCAUUUCACCUGCUCGCUUUGCGACACGGUCUUUGGCGCCGAGGACAGCUAUUACGAGCACGACGGCAACGUGUACUGCCACUACCACUACUCGACCCAAUUCGCCCAGCAGUGCAGCGGUUGCCAGAUUGCCAUCCUGAAGCAGUUUGUGGAGAUCUUCCGAAAUGGCCAGGACCAGCAUUGGCAUCCCGAAUGCUACAUGAUUCACAAGUUUUGGAACGUGCGACUAGGGUCACCUGCCGACGCGCCACCUCGAUCCGACACGGCAGACGCAGAGACACGCGGGCUGAUUAGGGAUGUGGAGGAGAGGAUGGAAGAGAAGGUGUUUAGGAUAUGGAGCGUGCUGUCUACCUUUGAGGAAUCGUCAGCAGCAUGCAUCUCCGACAUGCUUCUCCACGUGAGCAACGGUGCAUACAUCGACGCGGUGCUGGUCGCGAAGCGAUUCAUCUGGCAUGUGGAAAUCUUGUUCCACUCGACGGACCGACUUGACACCACAAUGUUCAGAGUCAGCGAAGCAGGCAUGUCGUAUGGACGUGAGGCGAAGCUGCUAUGUAAGAAGAUUGUCGCCUUCUUCUCACUGCUGUCCAAGAACCAGGACACGGGCACCCGCAAGCUCGGCGUCACACAGGAGCUCUUGUCUCUUGUGACAAGUUUGGCGCAUUAUCUCAAGCUGCUUAUUCGAAUCUGCCUCCAAGGCGCACUCAAGCUCGAGCGCGAGUCGCAAAACUCCGAAGGCCUAUACCAGUUCCUCGACGACUUGAACGAUUUCGACUCGGCCAGGAGCGACGAGGGGGCCCUGCAGGUCACGUCUGGCGGCAUGAAGUUGUCUGCCAGCGAUUCUGACCACUGCACACUCUGCAACAGGUCCGUGGAGGACGAAUGUGCCCGACACGGCGACCUGAGGUGGCAUCUGGCCUGUGCUGACUGUUGCCGUUGCAAGCGUGAGCUUGGCCAGAAUCUGGGUGAUGCUUUGUUCAGCCCAUUCGAUCGCAGGCUAUACUGUCAGAACUGCGGUGGCGGAGACAAUAGGCGCGACGCACUGGAGCCAGUUGAGCAUGUCACCAAGCUCACGCAAUAUGUAUUCCUGCUCCGAGUGGCGCUGGCGAGGCUCCUGGACAUUCUGAGGAGCAAUGGCUCUAUCCCCCAGUCGGAGGAGACGGCAUUGAACGGGGGCGGUGGGAACAGAGCGCCUGGCGAUCGCCCAGCGCUGGCCUCGGAUUCGAGAUCAAAGUCGUUCACGGGUACGGACAACAAGGACCAUCGCCGCGAGUCGUCUUAUGAGAACACCCUGAACGAUGUCCGCCGGUUACGAAGUACCCGCCUCGACAGGCACCUCUCCACCACCGUCAGGCAGGCAAGGUCGUCUCGGGUCAUGGACGUCGACGGCCACGGGCCUCGUCCCGGAUCCCCCAGUGCAAAUGCACAUCGAAACCAGGAGUCGACCGAUCGCAUGUUUGGUGGGAACGACGCCAUCAACUUGGAUGAUCUCUCGAGAAUCGUGGCUGUCGAGCAGUCUCGAGAACUACAGAACGAGCGUGACAGGGUGCAGCGGCUGCCAGACCCCACGACCCCCAUGGGUCACCAGAGGACGCAAUCGGCUGGCAAGGAUCAGGACGUUCGCGUACCUGAUCCGAUGCCCAACAGCUUCACGCGGAGAUUCUUCUCUGAGCUCUCCGCACUCGAAUACUUCAAUGUCCGACACCUGGCCGUGCUUACGAUGCAGCCCAUGAUCGAGCAAGAAUUCUCCCUGGAUGAGUUGCUGAGCUUCAUCGAGUCUAAGAAACAGCCCACGUUCUGGAAGAAUCUGGGCAAGGCGUUCAAGAAUGAUAAGAAUAAGAAUGUCAAGAAGAAGGGGACCUUUGGGGUGCCCCUUGAAAUGAUCAUCGAGCGUGACGGAGCCGAGUCGACAGACGGUGUUGGCCCGGGUACGUUGCGGAUUCCUGCCGUCGUGGACGACAUUAUCGCCUCGAUGCGGAAGAUGGAUCUCUCAGUCGAAGGUGUCUUCCGCAAGAACGGCAACAUCAAGAAGCAGCAAGAGCUCGUGGAGCGCAUCAACAACGAGGGCUGCGAGACCAUUAACUUUAUGGAUCAGCCAGUGAUCCAACUCGCAGCGAUGUUGAAGCGAUACCUGCGCGACCUACCGGAUCCCCUCAUGACACACAAGUUGUACCGGCUGUGGAUCAGUGCCGCCAAGAUCGAGGACUAUGACAAGCGCAAGCACUGCCUCCACCUGACAUGCUGUCUACUUCCCAAGAGCCACCGCGACGUACUCGAGAUUCUGUUCUCAUUUAUGAAGUGGGCUGGCUCGUUCCAUCAGCUUGAUGAGGAACUUGGCUCGAAGAUGGACAUUAGGAAUUUGGCCACUGUCAUUGCGCCGAACAUUCUUACUAACCCAGCCAAGGCAUCUAUGCUGGACGGCGAGGCGAUUUAUGUCAUCGACGCUGUGGAGACGAUGAUUUCCAACAUUGAGGAGAUGUGCCAGGUACCUGAUGAAAUUCUCACCCUACUCUUUGACCAGUCACUCUUUGCCAGUCCUGGCGAGAUCACCACCAAGGAGAUCCUCAGACGGUACCAAGAUCGCAAGGGCCAGAUCGCAGAUAUCAACGAGAUCCACAACAGGCCCGACAACUCAAGCAGGCCACCGCCAAGACGAGUUGAGACAGACCCGGCACUGUGGUCAGGAGAAGCUUCGGUGCGCCAUGUCCAGGAACCACCCAUGGCAUAUGGCCAAUCUCCGCAAGGCACGCCGCCCAAGGGCCGUUGGCGAGGGCCAAGCGAGCCGGGUCCGAUGAAGCAGGAGUUCAACCAUUCUGACAGCCAGCUGUCCUCCGCCGAGCACAGCCAAAGACGAGAGUGGCGUAACUCGGGCUGGGGACGUCACAACAAUGGCCUUGGUGUUAGCGGCAACUCGUGA